AUUGUAUGUCAAAAAAUUUAAAAAUGAAAGAAAACAAAAAUGUAUAAAAAACUUAAAUCAUAGAAAUAACACCAAUGUUAUUAGUUACUCUUAUAUACUUUAAAAAUGCCUCGAAAGCGGAAAUCUGCGCUAUCAAGAAAUUCUUCGUCGGUCCGUAAAGAUAAAGUUGCACAAAAUCAAGAAUCUGAAGUUCACGCAGAGCUGAGAAGACAACAGCAAACAGAGCGACAACGUGUUUUGAGAGCAGCUGAAACUUUUCAUCAGACACGAGUACGUUCAGAAAGACAAGCUAAGCAGCAGGAAGCUAGAAAAACGACGGAAAGAAUUCAUGACGCAGAACUAAGGACCACGCCUCGUCGAAAUUUCAUGACUAAGGAUUGGUCUGUAUUUAAUGGUACUGGUUUUCAAUAUGAUCCUUUAGUUGAAUAUUCUAAUCAUCCCUUAAUUGUUCUUGGCUCAAUGGAUAAAAAAUGUCAGCAUUGUAAUGCUUUUAAAUGGAAAGACGAAACUGCUGGAAUGUGCUGCAGCACUGUGUCACAGCUGAGUCAAAACGAUUUCUAAGUAAAAUAAGGAAGUAUAACUCUUGCUUUAAAAUGACAUCCUUCGGAGUUGAUAAAGUGAUAAGAAUGCCUGGAUUUUCACCAACCUUUACUGUAUAAGGACAAAUAUAUCAUCAAAUUGAGACAUAGUAUUACGAGCACAUAAUAAUGCGUUUAAGCGCGUAGCCGAUACUGAUAAAUUUUAUGGCGCUUCGCAGUAUCCAUUAAUUUUCAGUAAAGGUGAAACAGGAUAUCAUUUCAAUAUUUCAGUCAUCAAUCCGACAACGAACGAGCCACUUUCAAAUAAAAAAAGUUUCCUGUAUGGACUUUUAUGCGUAUUAUAUGAUGCUUCGAGAACAUGACUCCAAUCUUCUUCUGCGUACAAGGCAUCUCUUCACUCAAUUUUUAGUAGAUAUGUAUAUUAAAGCAGAGAGUCUUCGUCUUCGUUACAUUUCUCUAAAUCAGAAAAAAUUACGAGCUGAAAAUUACAUACAUCUACACGAUGCGAUUAACGCAAAUGACAAUAUUAGACCUAAUGACAUUGGCAAAAUGGUUAUUCUGCCGUCCAAUAUUGUGAACAGUCCCAGUUAUCUGCAUGAGUACACUCAAGACGCAUUUACUUAUGUA